CCCAACUGUCAACGCAGCCAACAAUGUACUUCAUCCACUCUGGCUUGCCCGGGAUGUACUCGAGCGCAUCGCCAGCUUCGCGCCCCAGAAUGAGAUGCCCCUGACGCUUCGCCUGCUGAAUAAGACAAUCGCGACGGUUUUGUCAUCUCCAGAGCACAAGCGGGUGCGGGCAUCGCAGCCGCUGCCCGCCCACGCCUACAGCAGCCUGCCCGCUGCCGCCAUCCAGCGGGGCUCCACACGGCAGCGCAAGGAGCUCGUGCGCGUCGCGGCUCGCAGCGGCAGUCUUGAGGCUGUGGACGCAUCGCUGGCGGCUACACGCCUGUCCCAUGGGGAUUGGCUGCUGAGGGCCGCUGCCGAGGCCCCAGGGCCGGGCGUGGCGCUGGCGCUGUGCCAACAGCUUGCGGCCCGGGGCUGGCUGGUGAAGUGGGGCGCAUACAGGACCCCCCUGCACACAGCCGCCGCAGCCGGCAACGCCGAUGUGUGCCAGUGGCUGCAGCUUGGGCAGCUGGGAAUUCUGCAUUACGAUGUGGAUGCGGUUUACGCCGCAGCCGAGGCCGGGCAUGCGGCGCUGGCUGCGGGGCUUCUGUCACUGUGCCCGGAUGACAACAAGCGGUACAGUCCCGCCAACAGGCUACUGGAGGCGGCGGCUCGUGGGUAUGGAGUCGUGGACUUCACGGGGUUGUGGAAGGAGUGCGUGAAUGGGACCUGGGAGGACCUACAGCGGCAGCAGCAGCAGGAGCAGCAACUGGCGCAGCAGGGGCAGCAGCAGGAGAACAACUGUUUCAGUGUGUGGUGCCCUAAUGGCCUGAAACUAAGGGCCAGCGCGUCGGAGCUGGCUAGCCCUCUGGGUCCGGCUGGCCUGAAGGGCAUCCUGGCAGCUGCUGCGGGCAGCCCCACGCCCUGCUGGCUGGACAAACUGGAUAUGUUGCUGCAGCUGCCCUGUGGCAGUGACGAGGCUGCUGCCGUUGCUGCUGCAGCUGUUGUUGCAGCAAAGCUAGCAGCGCGCCCGGACUUGCUGUCCGACGUCUUAGCAGGCGCCAUGUCUGCGCCUGACGGCCUUGCCCGUGUGCGGCUGCUGUGGGAGCAGCGCGGCUGGCGGCUGGCGGAGGGCUCUGCACUGGAGGCCGCGGUGGCUGCGGCGGGGAAGCGUGGCGACACGGCCGCAAUCAGCUACCUGUUUGACAAUCUGGGGGCGCAUGUUGCCGAUGGUUAUCCCAUUCCGAACGCACUGCUGCUGCCAGCAAAUUGUGGCCACCUUCCAGUGCUGCAGCUGCUGGCGUCCCACGGCGUGCGCUGCAGUGGCGGGACGUUUGCCGGCCUGGCGGGUUGUGCGGUGUUAGAUGGUCACACCCACAUCCUCGACUACCUCCUGUGCAAGCAGGCGCCGCCGCCACCCCUGCUUGAGCCGCCGGCAGGGUCCUGGGCGGAGUCAGCAGUGCGUAAAGAUGCGAUAGACAGGGCGCUGGGAUACGGGGUGUACCUCGCCAUCACAAGCUGUGUGCAGCGUGCAUACGAACUGAACGGUGCACGGUUCCAGACUGAGGGUGGCGGGCCCUUGGUCAUGGAAGGCACCGUUUCGUGGAGCCCGGGGAUGAUGGAGCUGUUGGAAAAGAUGGGCUACCCGUUCAACCGCACGGCCGCUCUUUACAAGAGCAUGAAGGGGGACGUGUCAAUGAUUCGGGCGCUGGCGCGGCUGCGGUUCUGCGGCCCUGACUGCCACAUCGCACUAACAUCGCUGCUUGGGGACCCAGCUGUGCCGCUGGACGAAAUACGGUGGCUGCUGGAGGGAGACGGUGGCGGCGGUGGUGGUGGGGAGGCAGGCGCCGAGGGUGGCGCUGCAGGGCCGUCCGAGGGCCCGACGCCCACCGCGGCGCCCAAGCCCGGCCCGGCUGCGAGCCUGGUCCUGCGGGAUGAGGCGUUAUGGCAGCAAGUGCUGGAGGCGGCGGGGCGGCGGGGCCAGGGGCAGGCGGCAGGGGAGGUGCGGGCCUGGCUGGAGGGCUGGCGGCAGGCGAACAUGAAGCCGCCUGGCGACAGCAAUGAGCGAUGGCAAGGGCCGAGGGCACGGGCCGAGGGGUCGUGGGGUGGCUGGAAGCACCGAGCCGCCGAUGACACUUGGCAGUUCUGCAUCACGUAGGCAUAGGCUACAACAGCAAAUGGGAUAUUCUCGCUUUCGUUUUCAGUGAGGUCUGUUUUUGUUAAGGCUAGCUUCUGGCGACGUCUGGUAACUUCCAUGUCGUGUUAGGGUCAUCACAAGGUGUGCAUGCGCAGUGUGGGUACCGUGUGGCUGUUCGUGCCGCAACAUGAGGCUGGACCGAGCUGAACAUGUGUGUUGAAGUGUGAUCGUCCUUAGCCUUAAGGAUGAUCACACUCAAACAGAACGUGUACUCGUUGGGGUGGUAGUAUGUACCUGAUUCCUUUGCUUUCUGUGUGCUUGUGUACAGUACAGUGUUUGUGGUUCGUGCCUUGGACGGGGCGGUGACCACCCGCCUACGGCCCACCUCCCCAACGUUCAUGCGGCAUGAUGUGUUGACCGGACCUGGGGCACGGCACGCGGUGUGAUUGCCCUGCUUUAAGCAGCUAGUGGUCACCACUGGUGUCGGUUACACAGCCGCACAAAGGCACAUGCGCAAUGCAUUUUGUGGACAUGUGGCGGCUGCGGGCCACCAAGAGCAUACCCCUGCACCACACAGGACCCCCCAAUGUACGUGCCCCGAAGUGACAAGCCUAAAAAGUGCGGUGUCUGGCUGUGACAGAUUGCAAAAACAAGGAUUGUGUUCACUUUCAUUAUGGCCGCAACGGUAUCAUGUGUGCGAUUAUAAUGUUGAUGGCAUGACUGGAUCUGAAAGAUGACGGUUUUGUGCAGUGUUCGUAGCUUUGUACAGUACGAUAUCCAUCUGGGAAGUCUGCCACCAGCUGCUAUGGUGCAUGACGCAUCGGUGGCUUGUCGGAGUUCGAACAUUGUGGGUACCAUGGUGGAAACGGGCCAACAGCGGAGGGGGCGAGCAAGGCCACGUGGAGGAGGACCGUGCGGCGUCGCCCAAGACGCGGCGCCGGCGCGCAGGUUGAGGCUGGUCGGCGGGUGUCUGGUUAGCGGUCGUUGCUGGCAAGCAUAGCACAGCACAGUAUGUGGUAGGCCGCAGCAGUAGUAUGCUUGUGCUUGACAGCGGGACGUGGCUGGACGUACGCAUGGCAGGACGUGCCUGUACAAAUAAAAUGACCCCGGCUACCGUAUGUCCGGGAGAUGAGGUACACACGGCCUCAUACUGGAGACGUGGCAUGGGCCCAGCCCCAUUGUUCCCUUGCGCGGGAAAAGCACCUCUCUUGUACAUGUAUUCAAUAGGGCGAUGAUGCACGGGGCAUCGGCGAAUGCGCUCCUGGGGGCCAGGCCGCCAGUGGCUGCGCGCCUCCGGGCCCCGUUGCCUGCCGGCCGCUGCAUGCUGUGCGCUGAGGAGUUUCGUACGGUACUGAUCUGGGCGGCAGGGUGUGCCCGGCGAUUGCAGCCCUGAUUGUCAAACAUUUGGGACCUGGGAUUUGUUGCGGAUGCUGGCGUUGUCAUUGGAGUGCAGAGAAACAUGGGGCCGCGGAGAGGCGCGAGGGGCGUGGGUUGUGUGAUCACGUUGUCGCGUGAGGGGUGGGUGGACGGCGCGCCGCUGCGGUCGUACUCUCCCGUUGAUAAGAGAGAUAAGGCGCGUUGUAUUUUGGCAUCCAUAUGGGAACAGGGAAGGGGCACGGAAGGCAAGGGAUGGCAACAGGCCUACUGCAAGCGCAAGGAGCUAAGGCUAAGGGUUCAGGCGCGGUGUGGCCACUGAGAGCGAUUCACAAUACAGUCAGGGACCCGGGGGUCAUUAUCGGCGAGCG